AUGCUGCUGCCACGUCAGGGCCAGCGGGACGAUCAUGAUGGAGGGGCAAGCUCUGGCCAGCCGCCGCCCUUUGCGCGCCUGCUGUCCCCUGCGCUGCGGCGACGGUGGCUGCUGGACUGCCUGCGGUGGCGCAUGUCAUCAGACAUACAGGAAGUGGAGGAUGACCUUGCAGUGUCCUCCCCAUGGGGGGCUUGGCUGCUGCUUGCCGGCGCCAAAGGCCUCGCCAGGCAGGCAAUUGUCGAGCAGCUGCUCGUGUUCUGCCAAAUGAUCCACGACAGCGGGCUGCUGCCCCACCCAGCUGGCAGCGGCGACGGCGGACAGGCGGAUAGCAACGAGAUGGAUUGGGCUGCGCUCCUGGCAGAGGCGGCGUCAGUGCUGCCGCGGCGCUUUGAGGUGGGGCCAGAGUGCAUGAGGUGGCGCGAUGAGGCGCCGUCCCUGCGGGGCAGGGGGGACCGCGCCAUUCUUGACGAGAUGUCUACGACAUUUCACCUCGUGGAGGCGCGCGCCUGCGCCCCGAGCCCCGCUGUGGGCCUUAUGGUCGGCCCCCACGCGUGGCUGGCCAUGGGGGCCGUGUCCUUCACUGCGCGCCUGAACAGCGCCCGCGGGCGGCUGAUGGAGCACCUCGCUUCAAACCCAAACGGCAUCUUUGACGACGUUGGCGGCGCUGCAGCGUGGCAGCGGCUGUACGAUAGCAUGGGGGAACCACAGCUCUUCGGUUGA